AUGUAUUCAACAGAAUGGCAAAAGAGAGGUCUACCACAUAUUCAUAUUCUUUUAUGGCUUCAGCAUCACAUUACUCUGGAUCAAAUCGACAAUGUUAUUUGUGCUGAAAUACCCGAUCCCAUACGUGACCCUCAGCUUCACGAAAUCGUUAAAUGUAAUAUGAUUCAUGGCCCUUGUGGCUGUUUUAAUCGAAAUUCACCAUGUAUGAAAGAUAACGCGUGCAGUAAACAUUACCCCAAGAAUCUCAUUAAGGAAACUCAAACUGGUGAUGACGGUUAUCCGAAGUACAAGAGACGUUCAACCGAUGACGGUGGAUUUUCCGUCAAUAUCAAAGGCGUAGAUAUAGAUAAUCGUUGGAUAGUUCCUUAUAAUCCAGUACUAUUAAGAACAUGUAACGCUCACGUCAAUGUGGAAUAUUGCAGUUCGGUGAAGUCCAUAAAAUAUGUGUGCAAAUACGUAAAUAAGGGCUCGGGUCAGGCUUUAUUUGCCUUAGAAAAUGAGAAAGACGAAAUAAAAACUUACGAAAGUGGACGAUAUAUAAGUUCAUCAGAAGCCGUGUGGCGAAUCCUUGAAUUUCCAAUUCAUGAGCGUUUCCCUACCGUUGUUCACCUUGCUGUCCAUUUAGAAAAUGAACAAAGGGUUUACUUUAAUGAACAAAACCUACAUGACAGAGUGAAUAGUCCUCCUACAACUACACUUCUCUCAUUUUUUGAUUUGUGUAAAGUGGAUGACUUUGCAAAAAAUUUGCUUCACCCAGAAGUACCUGCAUAUUACGUUUGGGACAAAAAAAAGUUCCAAAGAAGGAAAAGAGGAGUAAACAUUGUUGGCUGGCCAAAUAUCAAAAGAGAGCACGCUCUGGGUAGAGUUUAUACGGUUCAUCCAAACAAUACAGAAUGUUAUCACCUUCGUAUACUUCUCCAUGAAAUCCGGGGCCCGAUUUCGUUUGAAGCGUUGAAAACUGUAAAUGGUCAAGUAUAUCCCACUUUUAAAUCCACGUGUAAGGCUCUAGGGUUACUUGAAGAUGAUGAACAUUUGUACGCAGCACUAGAAGAGGCAGCACUUUGCCAAUCUCCUCAUAUGAUACGGAAUCUAUUAACGAUUAUAUUAGUGUUCUGCCAAGAUUCCGUGGAUGCAGAACACUUAGCGGACGUAGCGUUGAACAAAUGCUUAUCGGUAAUAGAAGAUUCCGUGUUAGCAUUAGGUGGUCAGCCACUUAAAGAAUAUGGCUUACCUCAGCCAAGCAAGUGUGAACAAUUUGAUAAUAGAGAGUAUCUCAAGGAAACAAGUUAUGACUUAGUAGCCUUAGAAGACGUCGUAAGAAACAAUGAAGAAUCUCUGAAUGACGAACAAAAGUUUGCUUACAAUCAAAUUAUUACAAGUGUUAAUAAUAAUGAGGGUCGAAUAUACUUUUUAGAUGCUCCAGGUGGAACUGGAAAAACUUUCUUAAUCAAUUUGAUUUUAGCGAAAGUUAGAAGUACUCGCGACAUUGCCUUAGCUGUAGCAUCUUCUGGAAUCGCAGCAACACUGCUCGAGGGUGGUCGAACGGCCCAUGCUACCUUCAAAUUACCACUCAAUCCAACAACUUCGGCCACUCCCUUUUGUAAUAUAUCAAAACAAACGCAUAAGGGUGGUGUUGAGGCUUUAAAUAGAUCUCUAAAGGAUAUAAGGGAAAAUAAAAGGUUAAUGGGUGGUGUAACGGUUUUACUGGCUGGAGACUUUAGGCAGACUCUACCAGUAGUACCAAAAGGGACCAGAACUGAUGAAGUCAAGUCAUGUCUUAAAAGAUCUACUUUAUGGCCUAAGAUUAAUAUACUCAAACUGUCAAAAAAUAUGAGGGUACACUUGGGAGAGGAAAAGUUUUCUGGUGGAUUUUCAGAUCUUUUACUUAAAAUUGGCAAUGGUGAUUAUCCAUCGUUUGAUGAAAUGAUAACUAUCCUAGAAAAUUUAUGUACAGUUGUAACUACGGUUCAGGAUUUAAUAUCAAAAAUUUAUCCAGAUGUUGCUCAUAUUCAUGAUAAGCCUAUGGAAUGGUUGUGUGAACGUGCUAUACUCACUUCAAAAAAUUACCAAGCGGCGGCUAUUAAUGAAACACUGCUGAUGUAUUUUGAAGGGGAAGAAAAAGUAUAUACUUCUAUAGAUACGGUGGUCACCGUAUCUAUAGAUACAUGGACGAUGCAACUAAUUAUCCGGUUGAAUUUUUAA